GCCGGCAGCGGCGAUGGCGCGCCGGGCUGUGCUGAGAGCCGGGCGCAGCCCGCAGCGCCCCGGAGUUCGGGCCGCGGCCGCCGCCCCCGCCCGGGCCGCGCUCUCGCUCUCCAGCUCCCGCUCCCUUCCUCCCGGCUCCAACUCCUCCUCCUCGUCCUCCUCCAUGCCCCUGUUCCUCCUGCUCGUACUCAUUCUCCUGCUGCUCGAGGACGCCGGUGCCCAGCAAGGUGAUGGCUGUGGAUACACCAUACUAGGCGCGGAAAGUGGAACCCUUACGUCUAUAAACUACCCGCAGACCUAUCCCAACAGCACCGUUUGUGAAUGGGAGAUCCGCGUAAAGGUGGGAGAGAGAGUGCGCAUCAAAUUCGGUGACUUUGACAUUGAAGAUUCUGAUUCUUGUCACUUUAAUUACUUAAGAAUUUAUAAUGGAAUCGGAGUCGGCAGGACUGAAAUAGGCAAAUAUUGUGGUCUGGGCUUGCAAAUGAACCAUACAAUUGAAUCAAAAAGCAAUGAAAUUACAGUGCUAUUCAUGAGUGGAAUCCAUGUUUCUGGACGAGGAUUUUUGGCUUCAUACUCGGUUAUAGAUAAACAAGAUCUAAUUACAUGUUUGGACACUGCAUCCAAUUUUUUGGAACCUGAGUUCAGUAAGUACUGCCCAGCUGGUUGUCUGCUUCCUUUUGCUGAGAUAUCUGGAACAAUUCCUCAUGGCUACAGAGAUUCAUCGCCAUUGUGCAUGGCUGGUGUGCACGCAGGAGUGGUGUCGAAUGUUUUGGGCGGUCAGAUCAGUGUUGUAAUUAGUAAAGGCAUCCCGUACUAUGAAAGUUCUUUAGCUAACAACGUCACAUCUGUGGUGGGACACUUAUCUACAAGUCUUUUUACGUUUAAGACAAGCGGUUGCUAUGGAACGUUGGGGAUGGAAUCUGGUGUGAUCGCCGACUCUCAGAUCACUGCAUCAUCGGUGCUGGAGUGGACUGACCACACAGGGCAAGAGAACAGCUGGAAACCCGAAAAAGCCAGGCUGAAAAAACCUGGACCCCCUUGGGCUUCUUUUGCCACUGACGAAUAUCAGUGGCUGCAAAUAGAUCUGAAUAAGGAAAAGAAGAUAACAGGCAUCAUAACCACUGGAUCCACCAUGGUAGAGCACAAUUACUAUGUGUCUGCCUACAGAAUUCUCUACAGUGAUGAUGGGCAGAGAUGGACGGUGUACAGAGAGCCUGGGGUGGAGCAAGAUAAGAUAUUUCAAGGAAACAAAGAUUAUCACCAGGAUGUGCGUAAUAACUUUUUGCCACCAAUUAUUGCACGUUUUAUUAGAGUGAACCCUACCCAAUGGCGGCAGAAAAUUGCCAUGAAAAUGGAACUGCUUGGAUGUCAGUUUAUUCCUAAAGGUCGUCCACCAAAACUUACUCAAGCUCCACCUCCUCGGAACAGUAAGGACCUCAAAAAUACUACAGCCCCUCCAAAAAUAGCCAAAGGUCGUGCCCCCAAAUUUACUCAACCGCUACAACCUCGCAGUAGCAACGAAUUCCCCGCACAGACGGAGCAAACAACUGCCACUCCUGAUAUCAAAAACACUACUGUAACUCCAAAUGUAACCAAAGAUGUAGCGUUGGCAGCAGUCCUUGUCCCUGUGUUAGUCAUGGUGCUCACCACUCUCAUUCUCAUUCUAGUGUGUGCUUGGCAUUGGAGAAACAGAAAGAAAAAAACUGAAGGCACCUAUGACUUACCUUACUGGGACCGGGCAGGAUGGUGGAAAGGAAUGAAGCAGUUUCUCCCUGCCAAAUCAGUGGAACACGAGGAAACCCCAGUUCACUACAGCAGUAGCGAAGUUAAUCACUUGAGCCCGAGAGAAGUCACCACGGUGCUGCAGACCGACGCCGCAGAGUAUGCACAACCGCUUGUGGGAGGAAUAGUUGGCACACUUCAUCAGAGAUCUACCUUUAAACCAGAAGAAGGGAAGGAAGCAGGCUAUGCUGACCUGGAUCCUUACAACUCACCAGUGCAAGAGGUUUACCAUGCCUACGCUGAACCUCUCCCCAUUACUGGGCCCGAGUAUGCAACCCCAAUUGUCAUGGAUAUGUCCGGGCACCCUGCAGCCUCAGUUGGUCUGCCUUCAACGUCCACUUUCAAAGCUACAGGGAACCAGCCUCCUCCUUUAGUGGGAACUUACAACGCCCUUCUCUCCAGGACGGACAGCUGCUCCUCUGCCAGGGCCCAGUAUGACACCCCAAAAGGUGGGAAGCCAGGUCCAAGUGCCCCAGAUGAGUUGGUGUACCAGGUGCCACAGAGCACGCAGGAAGUAUCAGGAGCAGGGAGGGAGGGUGAAUGUGAUGUUUUUAAAGAAAUCCUUUGAAGGUGAUGCUGCUUUUUACAAAGCAUCGUUUUAAAGCACAUGGCCUUUUUUGUAUUAGUGGUAGUAAUAUAUAGAAUGUAUCACGUUAUCUGUCACUGAAGGGGUUAAGGAAAAUGUGAUAACCGAGGUACAGGAAACUACUAACCUUGCCAUCUUGCUUUGAAGGUAUAUCUGUGGCACAGUUACUGCUUGCCUGUUAAAUUCCAAACAUCAUGUUUGUUACUACUGUAAAACAUUAUUUUUAAUACAGAAAAAGCUCUCUGUAAUGCACUUCAAAGAAAUUAAGAAUCACUGAGAGAAAGUAUUUAUUACCAGUGCUGCAGGUACGUUGUGAACUCCAGAGAUGGCGCUAAGCCUGUCUGGUGGUAAUGCAUGGUACUGUUCUUGAACUAUCUAAAGGCUUGAAAUUCUGCUCUUUGUGAAAGGUGGGUACUAUCAUGAUUUUCUCCUUUUCUAUUCCUAGAUUGCUUUCUGGAUUUAUUUUUUUAAAGAACUAGAAUUUGUGAUAUCAUUGUUUUCUCGGCAAUCAUAUAGAAUUCUCCAUUUUUCAUUAACAAGCUGGGAGCUUCUGGCUUAUAAUGAGCAGGGUGAUUGAUUUUUCACUUCUUGACACUCUUAAGAGCUUUAACACUUCAUGGUACAUGAUCUGGUUUCAUCCCUGCUCAUUCUGCCUGGGGCACUCGGUGGCAAGAACCAUUCAUGUGUUUAUAAAAUACUUGUUUUGAAAUUGAUGCUUGAUUUUAUCAACUUGCUCAGUCUCAUGAAUUCAGAUCCUCUAACCCUGGUGGUGCAGUGGUUAAGAGCUACAGCUGCUAACCAAAAGGCCGGCAAUUUGAAUCCACCAGGCGCUCCUUGGAAACCUUAUGGGGCAGUUCUGCUCUGUCUUUUAGGGCCGCUAUGAGUCAGAAUAGACUCUACGGCAACAGGUUUGGUUUUUUGGUGGUUUAAUAAAGGUUGGUGGUUCGAACCCACCCAGUGGCUUUGUGGGAGGAAGACCUGGCCAUCUGCUUCCUGUGAGGCAGUCCUACUCUGUCUUACAGGGUCGCUAUGAGUUGGAGUCAACUCGAUGGCAGUGGUCUUGAGUAAUAUCUUAAAGCAUACUUCUCUAUGUGAAAACAUGAACAAAUUUAAUUUAGAAACACCAUAAAGGGGAUUUUCCCCCCACCCCACCCCAAAUUUAUUUGCAAUGGGAUUUUUCCUAGACGAGUUGUGAAAAGUGAAUUAAGUGACUGCUUGUGACUAUGACCCAUUCAUGUUUAUCACAAUGAAAGCCAAGAUCAUUCAGAAAUAAUAGAAAAAAUAACAGCCAGAGUUGGCUGUCUUUGGUUUUAUAUAUAAAGUUUUCUUUGAAUCUCAGAGUGUUUUUUAACUUUUAGUUGAAUAAAAUAAUUUUUAAUUGCCGUUUUCUACAGAAACUAUUGCAAGGAAUAUAAAUUAAACAUGUAUUCUUCAGUUCUGCCUGAUUCUGCCCUACGUCUGUGUGGCGAGAGGCACGAGGAGUCUGUCACGUCAUGCUUUAAGGGAACAGAUUACAGCGUCCGGGCAAAAGGACCCUGUUUUAGUAGUCGUGACUUGUGUUUGAUACCUCCUAGCGGCUGCUUUGUCACAGUUCAUGACUGGCCCCUGAAUUAGAUUUAGAUUGGGUGAAAUAGAAAUCAUCUGUAAUUUAUUACUCUACAGUGGUGGUGCAAUGGUUAAGUACUCAGCUGCUGUCCGAAAGGUUGACGGUUUGAACCCACCCAGAGGCUCUGCGGGAGAAAGCCAUGGUGAUCUGCUUCCAUAAAGACUACAGCCUAGAAAACCCUAUGUGGCAGUUCUACUCUGUCACACAGAGUCGCUGUGAGUCGAAAAUCAACUUGACUGCACCCAACAACAACAUAGUGUAAAAACAUCUCUAAAAGCCUUGAGACUGGCAAGAUGACCUGCGAAGUUGAUCAUGAUAGACACAUAUAAAUUUGACAACCCCUCUUCCAUACCACCUUAGUUUGUCAGCUUUCCCAUCACAUUGUCGUCACUUCUGCUGGCUUGUGCCACCAGAUUAUGAUACUGUCAGAAAUUUACUGAAUUUGAAUAAAGAUGACCAGUAUUUAUUUUG